AUGAGCGGGCCUCUUCAUAUCUCAACGAGUGUCGUAGCUGUGCUGCAGCUCGCAGCCACGGCAACGCAGUAUCUCAAAGACGUCAAACAUGGGUCAGCCGAUCGAUCUCGGCUCCGGGACGAGCUUAGGAGCACAACUUGUUUGCUUGAAAUGCUGCAGGAUCGUCUGGAGGACUUGGAUGACAUGCCUGAUAGUGAAAAUUUGCUGAUGCCUCAGUCCAUUAGUUUGCUCGGCGGCGCAGACGGGCCGUUACACCUCUUCAGAAAAGUUUUAGAAGAAAUUGUUGCCGAGCUGGCGCCUCAGGAUAAACUCAGACGACUGAUGAAGCCUUUUACCUGGCCAUUUGAUAAGAAGAAAGUCGCAGAGUUGCUUACAUGUUUGGAAAGAUCGAAAAGUCAUUUCAGUCUUGUUUUGCAGAACAACAUUGUAGACUUGGCGAGGCUAGCAAAUCUCAAGCUUGAUAAAAUCGGCGACAAGGUGGAAAGCUCAGAAGCAAAAUCUCGAAAUGCCGACACACAGAAGAUCAUUCAAUGGAUCAGUCCGCUAUCAUUUCGCUCCCGACACGUGAGUGUUCUGGAGAGUGUCCAGCCUGGGACCGGCAUCUGGCUAUUGGAGCAUGCCACCUUUCGUGAUUGGUUGAAAAGAAAGACUGGAAUUCUCUGGUGCCCCGGAAUACCGGGAGCUGGAAAGACAAGUCUCGUAUCCCUCGCUAUCAAUCAUCUCGAAGAAGAAUCACCCCAGGCAAACACUUUUUGUUCAUAUAUCUACUGCGAUUAUAAUCAGCGCAGUAUCCAAACACAUGUUUCCCUCCUAUCUAGCAUACUUCAGCAGGUUCUUCAGAAUUCUUCAAGUGAUGUCCUGCCGUCAGAAGUAGCAACAUUGUACAGUCAACAUCAGAAAUACAACACUCGUCCGACAUUGGCACAAAUUACCGAAAUACUGGAGAAAUUGGUUUCAACAUUUGAAACAUUUCAUGUCAUUGUCGACGCCUUGGACGAAUGCUCUGAAUCGGAAGAAGACGCUCUUCAAUUCAUCUCAGCAGUCUCUUCUCUGGGUUCAGCAGUCAAGAUCCUAUGUACAUCGAGAUCUUCGAGCGUAUUUAACGUCUAUUUCAGCACAGCAUCUAGAAUAGAGAUAUCUGCCCAGCAAACAGACAUUACGACUUUUCUGACCGCUUGCCUACAAGACCAGCCCAGACUCUCAAAACAUGUGGCGAAAGACCCGAGUUUAAAAGACGACAUUAUCGGGGCAAUUAUCCAGGAAUCACAGGGAAUGUUCUUAUUGGCAAAACUACAUGUUGAGUCCUUGUCUCGAAAAUUUAGCCGCAAAGAGGUCCGGGUUGCGCUGAAAACUCUGCCCAGCACCCUGGAUGCCACAUAUUCAGAAGCACUUGAGAGGAUCUACAGCCAGGAUUCAGACUCUGCUGAAUUGGCCGAGUUGAUCCUGUACUGGGUCGUUUGCGCUAAAAGAAGUCUUACAGUCCAAGACUUACAACAUCUGUAUGCUACGCGAGAGUUGUCAGAUGGAGAGUUCCUUGACGAAGAUGACCUCCCAGAUGGAGACAUUUUGUCGAGCGUUUGCAGUGGUCUCAUUAUUGUGGAUAGUGAAUCGCAAAGGGUUCGUCUAGUCCAUCAUACCGCCCAACAAUACUUUGAGAGCUGCCACCACACGCGGCUCUUGGAGGCAAAACUGAGCCUCACAAACAUCAGCCUGACGUACCUGACGUUGUCAAACUUUUCCAGUGGUUACUGUAUAACGGAUGAGACCAUGUCUAUUCGCCUGAAACAAUAUCCAUUCCUCGAUUAUGCCGCCAAGUAUUGGGGCUCAGAUCUUGCCCAGCUGGACUGUGCAGACAUUGGGCCCAGGAUUGAGAAAUUUGCCUCUGAAGCUAUUGCAGUAGAGGCCAUCAAUCAAGCAUGGUGUCUGAAGACUAGCAAGCACCAAUACACAAAUUGGAGCCAAGAGUUUCCCAAACACGUACCAGCGCUUGUGCUGAUCUCUGCCUUUAGUCUCCCAGAGGUUCUGCAAUACCUGGUAUCAAGAGGCCAUAAAAUCAAUGCCAGAGGGAGCGAUGGCGAGACUGCUCUCAUUCGCUCAGUGGGUUUCGGUCAUGUACAAAAUGUACAAAUGCUCCUCGAACUAGGUGCGGAGGUAGACGCUCAGGACCACAUGGAUGAGACCGCAUUACAGAGAGCUGCCAGAGUCGGAAACGAAACUCUUGCGAAAAUUCUGAUUGACAAAGGCGCAGACGUUAAUUCGAAGGCGGCAAGCGACUGGACUGCCCUCAUGUCGGCGGUUUCCAGCGGCAAUCUCGAGGUUGUCAAGAUCUUGGUCGAGGCGGGCGCUGACUUUAGAACUGAAACGGUUUGGGGAGACUCAGCCUUGAGCAUUGCAACUCGGAGUGGCCAAGAAGCAAUUGCUAAUUUCCUCUCCGAUCAAGGAGCAAUUCUACCCAAGGGACCUGCUGGGCGCCGCGCUUCCAUCAUAGCCUCUCGCAAGGGCCUCCACCAACUCGUCAGGAAGCUCACGGCCAACUACGACGCCGUUGCCGAUAAGCCGCUGGAGAGACAAAGUUCGAGGCUCAUGGAUGGCCUCUCUGACAUCCAGGAGGCAGAAAACGCUGCUGCUGCUGCUGCUGAUACAAAAGCAGAAGGGGCUGUGCCUCAGCAGGCGAGAGCCGACUCGAGUGCAGAUUUCCUGGAUGGCAUGGAAGAAGUCGGUUAUAACAUCGGAUUUCACAAGCGCUAUGACUUACUCGAAAAGCUCGGCAAAGGCCAUUUCGCUGAAGUGUACCUAUGCUCAAACAGAGUAACAGGCGUGAGAUACGCAGUCAAGGUUCAUGUAUUCACACCCCAGGUAAACGAAAAGUCGAAGUCAGACGGGCUAUACCGAGAGGCGAAGUUGAUGAAAUCGUUUCACAAAGAGCCGCACCCAAAUAUCUUGCGGUUUGUCGAUCUUUUUACGGAGCAUUCCUUCGAGAAAACCUACUUGGUCAUGGAACUUGCGCCUCAUGGGGAGCUUUUCAACUACAUCGUUACAAAUACGCGCUUGUCAGAAGACGAUGCUCGAAAGGUAUUCUUGCAGCUGUUUUCAGGACUGGACUUUUUGCAUAGCCAAGGAUGGAUACACCGCGAUAUCAAGCCCGAGAAUAUUCUAUUAGCAGAUGAAGAAAAUCUCGUCAUCAAGAUCUCAGACUUUGGACUAGCUAAAAAGAUUAGCCCUAGUACCGAGAAAUGGGAGUGGGUAACGACUCUUUGCGGAACACCAAGCUAUGUGGCCCCUGAAAUAUUGACGAGCAAUGAAGAGCGAAAAUACGGAUUCCCGGUGGACAUUUGGUCCUGCGGAGUCGUCUUGUACAUCUGUCUGUGCGGCUUCCCGCCGUUUUCGGAUGAUCUGUACAGUAAAGAAUUCCCGUAUACACUCACUCAACAGAUUAGGCAGGGCAGGUUUGACUACCCGUCACCGUAUUGGGAUUCAAUUGGAGACCCGGCGCUGGAUCUAAUUGAUGACAUGCUGGUUGUGGAUAUGGAGAGGCGGUUUACUGUGAAGGAAUGCCUUGAGCAUCCUUGGAUGCGCGAAGUAAGCCCCCAGAUCCUGGCGGAGCCCAUCAGGUCAGCAAGCCCGGAACCUAUGGAAGAAAUGGAAGAAAGACGAACUGGAUCGUUGAAAAAGAGGUGGUUGAUUUCAGAAAUCAAUUAA